AUGGCAACCAACGCAGAGCUUUCCGGCAGCGUCUUCACAAAGACAAUGCACGCCACAACCUAUGACUACAUAUCUCCACUAAAGCUAGACCUAACUGGUAAACACGUUCUGGUCACUGGUGCUGCCUGGGAGGAUGGAGUCGGAUAUGCCACAGCCACAGCCUUUGCGCGAGCCGGAGCUUCCGCGAUUGCUGUAGUCGAUGUUCACGGCGUAUCGGAUGACCUAGUCGCGAAGCUCAGGAUGGCCGCCACGGAAGUUGGACGCCCAGAACCUUUGGUGGUUAGCUGCACCGUAGACAUUGCAAAUAAGGACAGCGUCCAGGCAAUGCACGAUACCGUUUCACAGGCUUUUGGCCAUCGCCUCGACAUUCUCCUCAACAACGCGGCCCACCAGGAACCGUACAAGUCUAUCCUCGAGUCAGAUCCAAACGUGUACUGGCGGACGUGGGAGGUCAAUGUACACGGACUUUUGAACAUGGCUCGGGCAUUCCUCCCCUGCUUGCUCUCGUUCCAUAAGAGCAGCGGCGGUAUGUGCACAAUGAUCAAUGUCUCUUCGUCAGGCGCACUGAGCGCGCGCCUUGGGAGCGGGAGCUACCGAAGCUCGAAGCUCGCUAUCCUAAGGUUGACCGAGCACCUGCAGCUAGAUCAUGGCGAUCAAGGGCUUCUGACGUUUUGUGUGAACCCCGGGGCGAUCAAGACCAAGAUUACUGAAAACCUAAUUCCCGAAGAGAUACGGGAUAGAUUGCCCCACCGUCCGGCUAUUGCUGGUGAUACAAUUGCGUGGUUGGCUUCCGAGCGCAGGGAGUGGCUGGGUGGGAGAUAUGUAAACUGUCCAUGGGAUAUGGAAGAGUUUGUGGCGCAAAAAGAUGAGAUUAUUGAGAAGGAUAAGCUGAAGAUGAGGAUGGUGUUCUAG